AAUUUGUGCAAUAAUUCAGCGGAAGAAGAUGACUAAAGCUGUUCUCCUUCAUUCUCUUUUGAUCAUAUUGGCUUUCUCCUGUGUUAGUUUGGUGAAGGCUGAAGACCCUUAUAGGUUCUUCACAUGGGAAGUGACAUAUGGGACUAUUUCCCCACUUGGUUUCCUACAAAGGGGAAUCCUUAUAAAUGGGCAAUUUCCUGGCCCUACUCUUGAUUGGGUGACUAACGAUAAUAUCAUUAUUAAUGUCAUCAAUAAGCUUGAUGAACCUUUUCUUAUUACAUGGAAUGGGAUAAAGCAGAGGAAGUCAUCUUGGCAAGAUGGAGUUCUUGGGACGAAUUGCCCAAUCCCUCCCAACUCAAACUGGACAUACACAAUGCAGAUGAAAGACCAGAUAGGAACUUACAAUUAUUUCCCAUCCACUUUGAUGCAUAGAGCUUCUGGAGGUUUCGGGGGCUUGAAUUUGCACGCCAGAUCCGUCAUUCCAGUUCCUUAUCCCGAACCUGCAGAAGAAUUCACAGUUCUCGUCAGCGAUUGGUGGAAGGCUGAUCACAAGACAUUACAACAGACACUUGAUUCAGGGAAUGCAUUUCCUUUUCCAGAUGCAAUCCUCAUAAACGGGAGUCCUAAAAAUGUAGUAUCCUUUGCUGGGGAGAAAGGACAAAGGUAUUUGUUUAGGGUGUCGAACAUCGGUUUCACAACCUCGAUCAACUUUAGGAUCCAGGGACAUAACAUGACACUUGUUGAGGUUGAAGGUUCCCAUACACUGCAGGAAAAGUACGAAUGGAUUGACGUCCAUGUUGGACAAUCCGUGGCUGUUUUAGUAACCUUAAACAUGGAAUCAAAGGACUAUUUCAUAGUGGCUUCUACACGAUUCACAAAGCCCAUUCUCACAACCACUGCGAUUCUUCACUACAAUGAUUCUACUGUCACUGCUAGUGGACCAUUACCUGUUGCUCCUACUUAUCAACUUCACUUGUCUAUGAAGCAUGCAAGAACAAUUAGAUGGAAUUUGACAGCAAAUGCAGCUAGGCCGAAUCCUCAAGGGUCAUUCCAUUAUGGACAAAUACCAAUAGUGAGAACACUUAUUUUGCAAAACACAGCUGCAAAGGUAGAUGGAAAGACAAGAUAUGCCAUUAAUGGAGUCUCCCAUGUGAAUCCAGCCACUCCUUUGAAACUAGCUGAUUGGUUGAACAUACCCGACGUCUUCACCUUGAACUUGACUAAGAGCACCCCCAUGACUCCUCCUGGACCAGUAAGCCUUGAGCCGUCUGUAAUAGGCCUCAGUCUUCACGACUUUGUGGAAAUUGUCUUCCAGAAUACUGAGAACACAGUUCAGACUUGGCAUCUGGAUGGACAUGAUUUCUGGACAGUGGCAUUUGGAAACGGGCAAUGGAAUACUACCAUGAGAAGAAGAUACAAUCGAGCUGAUGCGACCACCAGAAACACUGUUCAGGUAUACCCAUAUGGUUGGAGUGUAAUAUUGGUGUCACUAGACAAUAAAGGGAUGUGGAAUUUAAGAUCUGCAAACUGGGCUAGACAAUAUCUCGGACAACAAUUGUAUUUUAAGGUUUGGAACGACGAACCCAGCUUGUUCACUGAAUACAACCCACCCGUCAACCAACUAUUUUGCGGUCUUGCUCAUCCUUAAGAUGAAACAAUCAUGUCCUGAUCCUGUCUUUCUGCAUUUGAAAGUUUGUGUUAUUCAUUCAAUCAUGUCUUUUUCUUUGUAGCUCAGUCGCGAUGGUGCGACUGUCAUUACUUGUUUUACAUAAUUAAGAAGAAUCUUAACAAAAAGAAAAGAAGGGUAAUUUGA